GGAGCACGGCCAGUCUGGGGAAAGGCCCAGCUCUGCACAGCUCUGCAGUAGCCAGGAGCACGGCCAGUCCGGGGAAGGGCCCAGCUCUGCCCAGCUCUGCCCAGCUCUGCCGUAGCCGCCUCAGCUGACAGUUUUCUCCUGCAUUCAUUUCAGAGGCCUGCAGGGUGGGCCUGUCACGCUCGCUUUCUCUUUGGUCCUCGGGCGUGUCCCACCAUGGAAGAGACACAGGGGCCUCUGGCCAUGACCGUCCAUCUCCUCGCCAACUCCGGGCACGGCUCGCUCUUGCAGCGGACUGUGGAUCAGCUCUUGGAUUGCAUUUGCCCAGAGGUGCGUCUCUUCCUGGUGUCUGAGAGGGUCAGGCCAGUGAAAUCCUACGACAAGGCCCAGCCCAGGCGGUCCCGCUGCCCCGGGGUGUCGGUGCUGCUCUUCCUGCGGGAGAGCUUCGGGGAGGAGAGGCUACUCCGCGCCCUGGAUUCCCUCCGGCGCGCGCCCUGGCAGCGCUACCCCGGCCGGGACGCCCAGGCGAGGCUGCGUCCCUGCCUUCUGGCCGACCAGGAGUUGUACAGCCUGGACAGCCAGACGCCGGUCUGGGGCGUGAGGCAGGCGCACCGCGGGGCCGAGGUCCUCAGGGUGACGCUCUACUGCGGGUUUGAUAACUACGAGGAUGCCGUCAGACUCUACGAGAUGAUUCUGCAGAGAGAGGCCACCUUGCAAAGGAGUGAUUUUUGUUUCUUCGUGCUCUAUGCCACCGAGAACUUAGUUGUGCAGCUGGCCCUGAAGCAGCUGCCCCUGGGAAUGUCCGUGGACCCCAAAGAGUCUUCGGUGCUGCAGUUUAAAGUUCAGGAGAUCGGCCAGCUGGUGCCCCUUCUCCCCAAUCCCUGCGUCCCCAUCAGCAGCACCAGGUGGCAGACUCAGGACUACGAUGGCAACAAGAUUCUGCUUCAGGUCCAGUUGAGCUCAGGAGCUGGUGUUAGGAAUGAAGAGCUUUCUCUCCUGAACGGCACCUUGGGAGCUAAUAUGCUUGUGCAGGGCUCCAGGCUGCCUCCUGUCCCGGCAAAGAAGACCCCACAACCAAGGAGCCAGAGGAGCCGGGCCAGGAGGCUCCAGGUGCGUUCUUUGGAGCUUCCUGACCACAGUGGGAGCCCAGUCUCUGUCAGCCCUAAUGGCACUUUGUGGAAAAGCCCUAGCUGGUCAUUUCAGGCCAGCACCUCACCCUCCAGUGCCCAGCCACAUCUGCCUUCUCUGCAUCUGAAAUCUGGGGCCACCAAGAAGGUCUUCAGCUGGGAAAACAGCUUUCAGAAGCUUGAGGAAGAGACUAAUGUUGACACUGGCUUCACUGUCAUCAGUUCCGAACCCAGGCAAUCUUUUCUGACCAUAUUUCCAAGGGGGUUGCAGACUAGCCAGCCACUGCCAGCUGCUUCCUUAGAAGUGGAUCCCUCCAAAAACAACAGAGACCUUAAGGAAAGCAUCUAUUCUUUGUCACUUGCUGGUCAAAGGGCUAUUGACACAAAAAAGGCAAUCUCAAAAUGUCCCCUUCAUCUGGAAGUCCAUGGCGAAGAAAAUGAUGAAGAAGAAUUCUUUAUAUAGUGUAUAACAAAUGUGGCUUUCUAAAACAAAAAUCAGAUGAAUGUUCCAAAGGUGGAGGACUGACUCAGGAUCAGCCUGUUGCUUGCCCUUCUAAGGAAGCCUAAAUGCUGUGUUACCCAUACAAAGAUCUGCAUUGAUUUUAUUUCAAAUGUUCAAAGUCUAAAGGGGCUGGGAGUGAUUGUUUACUUACCAUCGAAGUUGUAAGAGAACACAGCCAAUGCACAGCUUCCCUGGAGAUGCAGUAACCCAGCUGAAUGUGUUGCAUUCAGCACCCAUCAGGAUAAUUGCAUUGUAUGCAAAUGAAUCAGAUGUGUUAUGCAAAGCUGAUUAGUGUGUGCAAUUUGGUUUUAAUUUUUCCUUGGGUUGCAUAGCUCAUCCCUCUGGACAGUAUGGACUGCUAUUCAUCUUUAGUGCUUGCUUUUUAAUUUUUCUGUGACCUCCUUUGGUAACUAGGCCCUGUUCACCACAUGCCUUCUUACCAUUUUGUCUUGAAAGUUGUUUGCAUCUGGAAUAAGUGAAAAUGCAAAGUGUUUUGACAAUUGGAAACAUUUAUUUUUUUAUUUAAUGAGCCCAAACACUGGAAACCAAAACACCAGGUUAAAAAGGAACACUAGGCUCUAAGGGUUUCUCACUCCUUUUUCUUGAUUGUUUCUUCUCUCCUUCAAAGACGGUGUGGUUCCUGUUACAGAGCAAUCAGGAAGGAAUGUAGGGUGACUUGAGAUUGCCAGUCAAUAUAGCAGGAAGAUUGGAUUGGUUGGCCAGGUUACUGGAGAAAGGCUUGGGUUCUUCUGGCUGUAUUUGGAUUCCCAAAUUCCUUUGAAAUAUUCAUUCAUUAUAUAUUUACUCAACAAAUAUCGUACACCUAUGAUUGAAUAAGGCAUUGCAUAUGUGGUACAUACACAUUCUGUAUUUAUUGCUUCACCCCUAUGAUAAAUCCAUUCUACUAACUCUUCAAAAGAUGCUGAAGUCCAGACAUUCUUCUAAGAACUUUUUCCAUAACUGAGGUCCACAGUUGGCACGUAAUGAUGUAGUAAGCAUUCGUAACUGGCAGAUGGAGACUGGGCAUAUUAUAAUUUACAAUUAUAGUUGUAAUGGACCAAUUCUCAGUUGCUCAUUUGCUGAAUUUUGGGGUCAGGUUUAUACAAAUGUUUAGGAAAAAAUCUGAGGUCUGUGUACUUCAGUUAAUUAAUAAGGUUAUUUGAAUGAACCUCCUUCUCCAUGACAGUUGUUAUAUAAGAAUAUAAAUGCUGAUUUAGCUGGCUCUUUUGAAGACCUGAAUACUUAGGAGAGAAAGAAAGAUGAAUUCAGGCCUACAGACAAAUCUUGUGGGAAUGAGUUUCGGAUGAUUUGAGGUGUUUUGCUCGGCAAAAGGGACAGAAAUGUAGAGUUGGAAAUGGACAAAGAUUAAGACUUCUAAAUUGAUUUUUCUUUUGUCUUUAAAGCGCCAAUAUAUUGUCAUUCCCAUUUUCUCUGUCUUCCCCAGAAUAAGAUCUAAUCUUAGAAAAUGGAAUGAAUAACAUAAUUUUGAUACUUCUUUCUAUAAUAAGAGUUAAAAAAAAUGAAAAUCUUAUUUAAAUGAAACUACUGAGCUGCCUUGAAAAGCACAGUAGGGAGCAGUUUUGAUAUUUCCGUUCCACUUUUUUAAUGUUAUCUAAAUUUCCUUAACAUAAUACAUAAGUGAGAAUAUAAGUGCAUUAAAAUUAUAAAGAAUAUUGAGAAAUCUGAAUGAGUACCUUACAAAUUGACUUGUAAAAUAAUGUACUCUCCAAAUGUCACCUACUCUCUAACUCCUCAACGUAGAAAUUCAAUUUACAAUAUGAUGGGAUGGAAAUACCAGUGGACUGGGUGGGGGAGGCCCAGAUUUUUAUUUCAGCUUUUAAAUUUACAUUUAUGAAACUUUGAAUAAGUCAGAUUAUUUGAUCCUCUGUUGCCUUACCUACUGAAACAAAAGGUUCUAGGAGAUUAUGUAUAUGAAAGCAUUUGAUUAUUAUUGAGAACUAUAAAUGUGUGAUAUAUUUUAUUGUUGUAUAUUUUAUAUUAUAUUGAUAUUAUAUAGUAAUACAACUGGUCCUUCAGACCCACAGUAUAAAUACAUGAGAACAAAAGUUUUCUUUGAAACAAUUUUUAGUAAAAUCAAUGAAGCAGUUAAAAAAAUCUAUCUUUCUAAGAUUUGUACCCCUUGUCCCAUUUGUUUUAUGUUUCUAUACCUAAAAGGAAAAUUAUGUGCAACAAAUAAUCAAAUAAAUCCUAACAUUCAAGAAAUUAUGUGCAAUAAGGAGAAACUACGAAUUAGCUUAACUCGAUUUAUCAAGUUAAUCAGACUUAAUGAUAAUUAUACUCUAUUUCCUAAAAUACAUAAUGUCUCAUUUUUUAAAUUGAGAGUUUCCUGAUGAUGAAAACUUUUUUUUAAACAUACAAGUAUACCUUGGAAAUAUUGUGGAUUUUGUCCCAGACCAUCAU